GACUUGGCGCAGCCGCUGAUCCGAGAUCAGUUAGGCUACACCACAGUCCCAGUCCUUAAAUCGUUGGGGACUGGGUGGGGUAUCCGGAAGUGAGCCGAAAAAAGGAAGAGUUUAGGCAACUGAGCAAAUUGGGGUUAGAGAAAGCAAGGGGAGGGGAAGAAAGACUUCAUGACAUUAAAACUCAUUCAUUAAUUCGAACGAGAAACCGAACGCCUUGCUCGCGCUAAAUUCAACUUUCAGAACCUCCUGGCCGAGAUAAUAGCUGUAUCUCGUUCCUGUUUUUCUUUUUACAAACACUAUUAUUUGUAUCUAAUAAAAUUAAGGAAAGCAUCGAUCCAAUCAAAAAGACAAGCGCGUGAAUCAUCUGAUCCUCGCGUUACUUCCACUCGCUCUGCGUUUGACUUGUUGGCGGGGCGUUGGUGCCUUGGACUUUUUUUUUUCUUCUUCUCUCCUUCUGUCCUUCGCGGCUCGGUCCACUACGCUGCUCGAGCAGAAUCUGAUUUAUUCGACCACACUACUCCUAAAGCAGCACAUUAAAAUGGCCGGAACCAACAGCAUCGAUGCAGUGAAGAGAAAGAUCAAAGUUUUACAACAGCAGGCAGAUGAGGCAGAAGAAAGAGCCGAGAUUUUGCAGAGACAAGUCGAAGAGGAGAAGCGUGCCAGGGAGCAGGCUGAAGCCGAGGUGGCCUCUCUGAACAGGCGUAUCCAGCUCGUUGAGGAAGAGUUGGAUCGUGCUCAGGAGAGACUGGCCACAGCCCUGCAGAAGCUGGAGGAAGCUGAGAAGGCUGCAGAUGAGAGCGAGAGAGGGAUGAAGGUGAUCGAGAACAGGGCUCUGAAGGAUGAGGAGAAGAUGGAGCUCCAGGAGAUCCAACUCAAGGAGGCCAAGCACAUUGCUGAGGAGGCCGACCGCAAAUAUGAGGAGGUGGCACGUAAGCUGGUGAUCGUUGAGGGAGAGUUGGAGCGCACAGAGGAGAGAGCAGAGCUCGCUGAGAGCAAAUGUGCUGAGCUGGAGGAGGAGCUGAAAAAUGUCACCAACAAUCUUAAGAGUUUGGAGGCCCAGGCUGAGAAGUAUUCCCAGAAGGAAGACAAGUAUGAGGAAGAAAUCAAGAUCCUCACUGAUAAGCUGAAGGAGGCUGAGACCCGUGCUGAGUUUGCUGAGAGGUCUGUGGCCAAACUGGAGAAAACCAUUGAUGAUUUGGAAGAUGAGCUUUACGCUCAGAAACUCAAGUAUAAGGCCAUUAGUGAGGAGCUGGAUCAUGCCCUCAACGACAUGACCUCUAUAUAAAGAGUUUCUGGACUGUUCUGUGGCUGACUGUGACUUCAAGAAAUUCUUCUUCGUCCUCUCUGACUGUCCAUAUUUGUUGCCUGCUUCUUCUCUGAUGCCCUUUUCAUGUAUUUUUCCAUUUGCUCGUAUCUGUAGUUUCAGUUUCUUUAUUUAAGCCCUAUUCUGUUUCUGCCUUCUUUCUGUUCUUUAGAUGUUCAUUAUCUGCCCCAACAUCUUCCUCUUAUCUGGAUCAGACUGUAUUCAGAGACUUGUGUUCUUUGUUUGUCCCUGGUUUUGCUCUGUGUUGCGACCUUUGCUGUAUUUUUCAUGCCUUGUGUCCGUGUUUAUUGAAGGGAGGAAAAAAAGCUCUACUCUUUUUGAAUGUAUGCUUGUCUCUCUUUAUUACAGUGGGCUGGUGUUGGGUAACCAGGCAUUUAACAGUUUUAGAGUGCACAUGAAUAAUAUCUUGUGGGUGAAAGAUAAAAGCUUGGCUAAAUUCUCUAUCGCUAAUUGUAAUUAAUCACGAGUUUGAGCUUUGGUUAAGAUUAUCACUUGUGUAUAAGGCCACAGAUCUGAAGGUCUGAAAUGAAGAAAAAAAGCCAAAAAACAAAUGGGCAAAAUAUCUUAGCCAACUAGAGGAAGUUUUUAAACUAAAUCUUAAAACAGUUAUGCUUAAUAUUUUUAAUACUUAAGACUUUAUAAUGCUGUUUUCCCUCAUUAAGACCUAAUUAGGUUUUACACAAAGUAGUGUUAAAUACAAUCAACUGUUGUAGUUGGAAAAAUCAGAAAUUCCCUUUCCUUUGAGAGGCUGUCCCACUUUUUUAGUAAAACUAAAGGCAGACUUGAAAAGCAGAUGUAGUUGGGUAGAUCUAGGGGUUGUUAUAGAUUAUAGAUGGUAGGGGGCAAGCAACUUUUCUUUAGGCUAGAAACAUUGAUUCUUGCUGGCCAUACAAAUUGGGGGAUGAAAUGAAUAAAUGUUUAAGGACGAUCUUAGCUAUUCACUAAAACCGACCAGCGGCCUUGUCGAAAGGUACUGAAAAACAAGUCCUUGUCUUUCUGGAGUCUCAAUGGAAGGCCUGAUGCUGUAGAGCAAAAAAAAAAAUUCAGUACAUCAGCAACAACUCCUAAAAAAAUUUUAUCGUUUAUUAUUUUACACCCCAGUGCUAUUGUAAAAGAAAAGCGUUGACAUGCCAUUGUUGUGUAAUUUUAACAUUGGAGGAUACAAAGCCAACAUAUCUGAAUUGAAUGUUAUCUACAGUAUGUUACCAUAAAUUUGAGUGGUUUCACAACUAAUAUUUAUUAAAGCUGAAUUGUAAUGCAAAUAUAAUGCAGAUACAGAGGAUUUGUAGUGGUAGCUUAACAUUGUAUCAGAAUGUAUCCAGUUACAUUUUUGUCUCAAAAAGAUUUUAAAAUCUUGUGUGUUUACAACCUAAUUUGGUUGCUUGGAAAAACCAUCUAUACUGAUUCUUCAAGGAACCUAGGAAGUCUUCACUUUAGACCUUGUAGCCAAAUCAAAAGUCUAUAUUAUAAUAAUAAACCACAUACAGUGUUAAACUGCAA